AUGGACCUGGACGCUUUCCUCAGCAAGAACAACAAGAAGAGCUCGAAGAAGGUGGCCAAGAAGUCCGCAGAUGAGGCAGCUCUUGGCGGUUUCGGGCUGGAGACGGUGCCGCGGGUGAGCACCGCCGCUGCGAAGCCCAUUACAGUGGCGAACACCGGUGGGAGCGACGCCUCAGCGGCUGCUGGCACCGCGUCACCCCUUCCCGCCCCUGAGAAGACCGUCGCAGCUCCAGUGGUUGCUGUAAACCUCAACUUCGCGGGCACCACGCGCAGCGCAAAGACGUGGGACGCGGUGAAGGCGUCACAGGACUCGAAGCGUCAGGAAGAAGUGCAGGCGGCGGCGGCGCGGAAGGCCAAGGAGGAGGCCGAGGCAGCGGAGAGAAAGGCUGCCGCCGGUGGCGACGACGAUGAGGUACAGUUGCCUGAGAGCUCCCCGAAGGAGACCAAGGUAGCGAAGUUUGUGGCACGCGGUCACCGCAAUGCGACCGGCGCUAUCGGCGGCGGAGAGGGCGGCGCUGCCGCCGCUGCGAGCGGUCGCUUCGCGCCGCACACGCAGGGGCUGAGCCUGGAGAAUCUGCCGACCCUUGAGGAAACCUUCGGCAACGCACGCAAGCCGUCACAGUCGACGGCUUCGCAGUCGCAGUCGCAGCAGCAGCCCAUGUCAUUGCCCUCUCAGGAGCAGAACGGCGAGUCCGCUCCGGCGGCAACUCCGCAGGAAUCCAGCUCAACUCCGACUUCUGCCACGGCGGUGGCGGGCAGCAACAAGUACGUCCCUCCAAGCAAGAGCAGCAGCACAAUGGAGUCCUCGACAACUUUGCCGUCAUCGCCGAUGCCCACGCGUGGCAGCGCUGGCGGCUCCUCUGCUGCCGCGUAUCGCCCUCCUUCCGGCAGCAGCGGUGUGUACAAGCCCCCCAGCAUGGGUGCCUACAGGCCGCCGAACGCGUCUGCUGGUGAGGCGUACAAGCCGCCGGCGCCGAGUGCUCCCAGCAGCGGUGCUGGGGCCUACAAGCCCCCUACUCCUGGUGGCGCGUCUGCCGGUGCGUACCGGCCGCCGGCCUCGACCGGUGAGGCGUACAAGCCUCCGAGCAGCGGCGGUGCUGGUGUCUACAAACCGCCGAGCGCUGGUAACAGCAAUGCUGGUGCGUUCAAGCCAUCUACAGCCGCCGGUUUCUCUGCUGACACAUACAAGCCGCCGGUGGCUGGUAGCGGCAGCAGUGCUGGUGCAUACAAGCCACCUAGCGCCGGGGGUUCGGCCGGCGUCUACAAGCCGCCGAGCAAGCGCGAGGCGUAG